AAACUGGUUGGUCAUGUGAUCAUGUGAUGUGAAAAUGGCAGCCACGGGGGACGAGGCCGCGGCGAUGGAGAGCAUCAGUAAAGCACCGGUUCCCCCGACCGAUCUCACCCUCACCGCCGAACCCGAGCACAAGACAGAUGCGACAGAGAACCAAAAAGCCAAAAGACCCAGUAAUAACAAUGACGGAGGAGUGGAGACGGCGGAGGAGGCCACUGAACCCGCUGAACCUGAUAUCAAUGCGCUCUGCAGAGACAUGUUUGACAAAAUGUCAGUUUUCUUACAGGGAGAGCUCACCGCGACCUGUGAGGACUACAAACUCCUGGAGAACAUGAACAAACUCACCAGUCUGAAGUACAUGGAGAUGAAGGACAUAUCCAUCAACAUCAGCCGCAAUCUACAAGAUCUCAACCAGAAGUAUGCCAGUUUGCAGCCUUAUCUGGAUCAGAUUAACCAGAUCGAGGAGCAGGUUACGGCUCUGGAACAGGCUGCUUAUAAACUAGACACCUAUUCAAAGAAACUGGAGCCACGUCUGCCCUGUCUGGAGGAGAGAAUCAUGAUGCAACACAACUAGUUGUUUUCUAAUCACAAUCAAUACAGCCGUCUGUUCUGUUGGCGCCCACUUCAGAUGAACAAGACCCACAAUUUCUAUUUAUGUUGUGCUGUGUGGCUACUUUUAUUACCAUUUUACUUUUGCAGUUGAUCUGAAAUCAGAUAUUUAAUCAUGUAUGAUUGAAAAGUACUGUAUUUGUUGUAAUGUUAAAUAAAUUGACCAUCAUUCAAAGUCAGCUUAUGAUAUUUUGAGUUUUUUUGGCCUACUAAUUUAAUGAAAUCAUUAGUUUCUUUAUAUGUAGGUCUGUAGACACAGUUACAGCAAUACUCAGAUUAUGUGUAAGAGCUCUAUGAAAUGUAGAGACUGGACCUCUUGAAAAACGAAGUACCCCUGAAUGAAUCACUGAACAGUUGAUUCAAUGGACAUUAGAUGGUGCUAUAAGACCAAAUAAAUGCUCAGGUUUCUCUUU